GCGACUUUUCCAUAGUUGCAGCAUCACCAUUAUUGUCAGAACGAUCAAAAGUCACCAGUAUCUAAGAAUAAAACAAAAUCACCGAGAAAACAUUAAAAGCCAUGACAUCAUACGGAGGCAACAAUUUCUCAAGGACGGGCUAUAACGCCCAAGGCGCCGAGGAUGGAGGCGGCUUCAUGGGAGGCUCGCAACAGGGCUCUCAGGGAGGUCCAGGAGGCAAGAGCUACCAAGACGAGUGCCUCAAGCCCGUGACCGUCAAGCAGCUCCUCGACGUACAAGCCCCGUACCCGGACGCCGACUUUCUCCUCGACGGCCGCGCCAUCACACAGAUCACCCUGGUAGGACAGGUCCGAUCCAUCAACCCGCAGCCAACCAACAUCACGUACCGGAUCGACGACGGCACGGGCACAAUCGACGUCAAGAGGUGGAUCGACCCGGAGAAGGCCGAGGAUGCCGACGCGGCCUCGCAGCACCAGCCUGACAGCUACGUCCGCGUCUGGGGCAAGCUCAAGGCCUUCAACAACCGCCGCCACGUCGGCGCCCUCUUUGUGCGUCCCGUCGAGGACUUCAACGAGGUCAACUACCACAUGCUCGAGGUCGCCUAUGUUCAUCUCGAUGCCGUCAGGCAAAGCAGUGGAGGCGGUGGCGGUGCUGGCGGCGGUGGCGACGAUAAUAUGUUCGUCGACAGCUACGGUGGAGGCGGUGGCGGCGGUGGCUCAAAGGCUGCAAACUGCUCCACCAACGCCCAGCGGCUAUUCAACCACCUCCAGAACUCAUCUGCUGGUAACGAAGGCUUGGAGGCCAACAUCAUCGCCAGGGGUAUUAACAUGUCGGUGAGGGAUGUCGAGGCUGCUGCGGAUGAGCUCUUGUCGGCCGGUCUUAUAUACCCGACAGUCGAUGACCAUACAUGGGCUACCUUGGACUACUAAAGAAACUGUUUCUUUUUUCUUCUUUAAACGGCUUAAGUCUGCGGUCCACCACAGGGAGCAGGAGAUGAUGGGUGCAUGGUAUUUGACGCAAAUCUGGGCACUGAAAGCGGUUAUGUUCUCGGCGUUUGGUUGGCAUUUUGCGGGCUCGGUUUUGAUUUGAUAAUGCAUAAAAUGCUCUUACGAUGAACAUCAGAAUACUUCUGAUCAACUAUGCAGAAGACUUGUCGGGCUAGAUACACGGUGGCAUGUUGACGCUGUCUGGAGGUGUAUAUCACUAUGAUAUAAAUAGAGUCGUGGGGGUGUAAGCAAUGAACGGAUUAUGAUAUAUACUUGGGACUGCUAGAAGGCACUGCUGGUAGCAUGCUAUGUAAAUCCGGUACCUAGGCUG